AUAACGACGUCCAUUACUCUCUCGCCAUCGUCUCUGGGAGUGUCGAAACCUCUGCCCUCAUCGUGACCGGCAACGUAGACCCAGUCAGCAACCCACUUCCCCUAACAACGACCACACUAUCUGAGCGAAUCAGCAAUCAAUAAGCUCAAAUAACCAAAUCGAAAGCAGGGCUCUUGCACAUGUCUUUUCACCAGAUCACAGCGACCUCUCUUACCCCUACACGGCCAGCUCCACCAGCUCCUCAACGAAGAGCAACGGAAGGCGGUUCUGAUAUGUAUACAAAUAAUACCUCGCUUGCCAACUCCGGUUACAGUGCUGCCAUCACCUUCUCUCCAUCAUCUCCUGCCAGCUCCUCCUACAGCCCAUCAUAUUCCGGAAUCGGUGGCUCCCCCAAUCGCAAUUCGGAAGGAAUGUCGAGCGUGAUAGUACGGAGUGGUUCAGUGAGCUUGAAAGAAGAUGGAACAUUUGCCAGCUGGAUGUGGAAGGCGAAGUGGUUGGUGUUGCGGGAACAGGUUCUAUCGAUACAUAAAUAUGAGAGCUCUCCUCAACAAGGCGUCGUUAUGCUGAAGGAUAUCACCAACGUCGAGCGUACAGAUCUCAAACCAUACUGCCUUUUGCUGGAGACCAAGGACAAGAGAUAUUACUUUUCGCUGAAGAGCGAUGAAGAACUUUAUGGCUGGCAGGACGAUAUCUAUUCACGAAGCCCUCUGAUGGGUGUCAGCAACCCCACCAACUUCGUACAUAAGGUGCACGUUGGUUUUGACCCAGUAUCUGGCGCUUUUACGGGCAUGCCUGAACAAUGGCACAAGCUGUUGACGAAAUCAGCCAUUACGAGAGAAGAUUACGCUAAAGAUCCUCAAGCAGUGUUAGACGUUUUGGAGUUCUACACAGAUCAUCAAAAGAGGGAAAUGGAGGAUAACAUGGCUAUGGGGCUAGGCAGUAUCAGUACACCUGGCACCAUAUCUCGCACAGGUUCAAGCAUCUCCUCCUCCACCUUAGUUUCCUCGAAUUCCACCUCUUCCACCAUCUCACCUUAUUCACCGGCCGAGUCCAGUGCACCCGCCAGGUUCAACGCCGGAACAGGUUUAGGAGGCGUUACUAAAAUCAGUUCGUCGUUGGCAAACACCAGUCUCAACGGAGAAGUGACCGAUUUAACAACAGCUGCUCAACGAGCUGCUGAGGUCGUCAAUGGCUCUAACGGUUCGUCGAGAGCAGGAUUACCUGCGGUACCUCAGGCAUCGAGGCCAGCACCACCUAGACCUUUGAUGACCGGCACUCGAGCCGCACCACAGCCUCCUACAUCAAACGGUGCUCCGAAAACUUCCUCAGAGCAUACACCAGCCGCUGCCGACCUCCGUUCACGUCAAAAAGCUCAAGGGCCACCCCUACAAGGUCCGGUACCUGCCCGAAACGAUUCGUUACCAACGUUAUCGCAGAACCAGAAGGAAAGAGAAAGAGAACGCGAGAGGGAACGUGAGCAACGGGAAAGAGAGCGGGAUCGUGGGUUGAAAGAGCAGAGGGAGAGGGAGAGGGAGAGAGAGGCGGAUCAAAGGACUGCACCGUCUGAAUCGUCGUCGUCGACAGCCCAGUAUCAGCGGACGAAGACGCCGGAGGGUGCUCGACCACCGAUGGGACCACCGUCGAAGUCGAUGCCUGGAACGACGACACCGGCUACUCAUCCUGUUGGUGGACCUGCCGGAGCUACGGUUGGACCACCGCCUGUCAAGCCAUUGCAGCCUGCGAAGAAGGUGCAGAUCCAGGUUGAGGAGAAACCUAAAGGAGCUGGUGUGGCGGCAGCGGCAGCGGCGUUGGAGAAGCCUAAAGAGAAGGAGAAGAGGAUCAGUACGAUGACGGAAGUGCAGAUUAUGGAGAAGUUGAGGCAGGUGGUUUCGGACGAUGAUCCGAAGACGUUGUAUAGUAAGAUUAAGAAAGUCGGACAGGGUGCUUCUGGUCACGUGUAUGUCGCGAAAACUCUUGCAACUGGGAAGAAGGUGGCGAUCAAGGAAAUGGAUUUGACACAUCAGCCUCGGAAGGAGCUCAUUGUCAACGAGAUUCUGGUCAUGAAGGAAUCGCAACACCCCAACAUCGUCAACUUUUUGGAAUCAUAUCUGGUGAAGAGCAAUGAGUUAUGGGUGGUGAUGGAGUACAUGGAAGGUGGCGCGUUGACCGACAUCAUCGAAAACAACGCUAUGGAGGAAGACCAGAUCAGUAGUAUAUGCCUCGAGACAUGCAAAGGCCUCGGCCACCUACAUAGCCAGAGCAUCAUACACCGAGAUAUCAAAUCAGAUAACGUUCUUCUCGAUGCUGGUGGUCGGGUUAAAAUCACUGACUUUGGUUUCUGCGCCAAGCUCACUGACCAAAAGUCGAAGCGAGCCACGAUGGUGGGUACACCUUAUUGGAUGGCUCCUGAGGUCGUCAAGCAGAAGGAAUAUGGGGAGAAGGUGGAUAUCUGGUCACUCGGAAUUAUGGCAAUCGAGAUGAUAGAGAACGAACCACCUUAUCUCGAUGAAGAACCUUUGAAGGCGCUUUAUCUGAUCGCAACGAACGGCACUCCGACGUUGAAGAAACCAGAGGCGUUGAGCAGGGAGUUGAAGAGCUUUUUGGCGGUGUGUUUAUGUGUGGAUGUGAGCAGUCGAGCAACGUCUAGCGAGUUGCUGGAGCACGACUUCUUACAGAAGGCCUGCGCCCCAUCGGGAUUGGCACCACUGUUGCGAUUCAAGUCCAAGCAGUCGUAAAGGCGAUUUAUCUCUUCAUCGCGGUUUUUAUCGGGACUUGUGGCUUUUGCGGGCGUGGCUGAUGUGUGUUUCUCGGCUUCCGUGGUACAUACUUAAUCUCAUGGCACUUCUCUCCUUCCGCUUCGUACACUACCACGAACAUUAAAGAUUCCAACUAUCCCUCCCGUAUCGUUGUCGAUCGCACAUCACUCAUGGUCUCGUGUCCUUUACAUAGCGUUUAUUACCUUCGGACGUUGUCCCCGUUUCUGUUUGUUCUUCUCUUUCUCAUUUCUACUCUGUGUAUUCACUGAAUUGAUUAUAUAAUUUCCUGUUUUUUCUUCCUCUGCUACCAGCUAUUGUCAUUUGCGGAACACAAGACUCGAUAAGAGUACUGUACGAAUAUACUUUGAAGGGG